AUGCAAGCAUUUCAGUUUUCCUCGGCACACCCGGUCUCAGAGCCUGAUCCCUCGGCUCAGGUUGCUGACUCGAUUAAUGAUAGAGCUGGCCGGCCCCCGGAGAGGAGGACAGUACUAAUUGCCAGGACGACGGGAUUAGACAAUGCUGCUUUUGUUGGCGUUGGUGACGAGGGUGUCUUGGAGGGGUGGAGACGUAGAAUGCUGCGUCAGAUUCAUUGUAUGCGCCUCAUUUGUGAUACACUCAAAUCGAGCGUAAGAAAGACGCGUCAUCCGAUUUUUAGUUGA